AAGAGAGGGAAGGACGAAGGCAGACAUUUGGGUACCCAGGAGCCUGCAAAGCGCUGGCAAAACUGGUUUUAAAAGGUGACCUCGGGACUCCUCACCUAGUCAUGUUUCCCACUCUGGGGCUCUCUUGGUUUGUUCUGGGAAUCUCGAGGCUUUCCCAAGGUUCCUUUCUAUGUUUAUAUCACUUAGCAGGGAAGGAUUGUUAAUGACUAAUCUGUGUCCAUGGGGCACAGAGCCAAGGAAGAGAUGCUGCGGCGAGGGCCGGAAGGCUGCCUGUGAUCAUCACGGCUUUUGCUGGAACUCUCUCCUCCUCCUCUCCUCACCCCACUGUUUCCUCAACUCACCCCAGUGUGAAAUCAAAUUCUGAGCAUUUUUAGCAAAGUUUCUUGGGAUUUGGAGAGGUGGACUGGACUCAAAAUUCUUCCAGGACCUUGGAUGUUUAUCUCCCACCCAAAACAAUCCAAAUGAGGAAACUGAGGCUCAAAGAAGAUGAGCAGCCUGUUCAUGGUCAGACAGGAAGCAGCAGGGCCCGAGUUGGAGGGAGGUAGACAGCAUCUUGGGAAGAAGGAAGGAAGACCUAGUGGUAUAGCUCACAGUGAGCACGGCCUCUCUUGGACUUAUUCUGGAUAUUUCCGCAGGAUGAAACUUCAGGGAUUUUGGGUUUUUAUUUGAAGACCACCGUAAUGAAAGUGCAUUCUCAAAUUAAAAAGUUUGAAGGGGAACAAAAAUGAAUCUUAUUGAACACUCCCAUUUACCAGCCAUGGAUGAAUUUUCUCUUUCUGAAAAUUUAUUUGGUGUGCUAACGGAACAAGCGGCAGGUGCUCUGGGGCAGAACCUAGAUGUGGAGCCAUACUCUCAGUACAACGAUGUUCAGUUUCCCCAAGUUCAACCACAGAUUUCCUCCUCAUCCUAUUAUUCCAGCCUGGGAGUCUACCCCCAGCAGCCUGAAGAGUGGUACUCUCCCGGAUUAUAUGAACUCAGACGAAUGCCAGCUGAGACUCUGUACCAGGGAGAGAGCGAGGUGGCAGAGAUGCCUGUAACAAAGAAGCCCCGAAUGGGUGCAUCAGCAGGGAGGAUUAAAGGGGACGAGCUGUGUGUUGUUUGUGGAGACAGAGCAUCUGGAUACCAUUACAAUGCCCUGACCUGUGAGGGGUGCAAAGGUUUCUUCAGGAGAAGCAUUACCAAAAAUGCUGUGUACAAGUGUAAAAAUGGGGGCAACUGUGUGAUGGAUAUGUACAUGCGAAGGAAGUGCCAGGAGUGUCGACUAAGGAAGUGCAAAGAGAUGGGAAUGUUGGCUGAAUGUAUGUAUACAGGCUUGUUAACUGAAAUUCAGUGUAAAUCUAAACGACUGAGAAAAAAUGUGAAGCAGUAUGCAGAUCAGACCCUUAAUGAGGACAGCGAAGGACGUGACUUGCGACAAGUGACCUCAACGACUAAGUCAUGCAGGGAGAAAACUGAACUCACCCCAGAUCAACAGAAUCUUCUACAUUAUAUUAUGGAUUCAUAUAGCAAACAGAGGAUGCCUCAGGAAAUAACAAAUAAAAUUUUAAAAGAAGAAUUCAGUGCAGAAGAAAAUUUUCUCAUUUUAACAGAAAUGGCUACCACUCAUGUACAGAUUCUUGUAGAAUUCACAAAAAAGCUGCCAGGAUUUCAGACUUUGGACCAUGAAGAUCAAAUCGCUUUGCUAAAAGGGUCUGCAGUUGAAGCUAUGUUCCUCCGGUCAGCUGAAAUUUUCAAUAAAAAACUGCCAGCUGGACAUGCUGACCUAUUGGAAGAAAGAAUUCGGAAGAGUGGUAUCUCUGAUGACUAUAUAACACCUAUGUUUAGUUUUUAUAAAAGUAUUGGGGAAUUGAAAAUGACUCAAGAAGAGUAUGCUCUGCUUACAGCAAUUGUUAUCCUCUCUCCAGAUAGACAAUACAUAAAGGACAGAGAGGCAGUGGAGAAACUUCAGGAACCACUGCUCGAUGUGUUACAAAAACUGUGCAAGAUUCAUCAGCCUGAAAACCCUCAGCAUUUUGCCUGUCUCCUGGGUCGCCUGACUGAAUUGCGGACAUUCAAUCAUCACCAUGCUGAGAUGCUGAUGUCAUGGAGGGUGAAUGAUCACAAGUUCACCCCGCUGCUGUGUGAAAUCUGGGAUGUGCAGUGUUGAACAUCGCCACCUAGCUCCUUUACUCCCUUGAUGUACAACUUUCCUCUAUUUCAUUUGUACCCAGUUUCACUCAAGAAUCUCAAUGACUAUUUAUGCAGUAAUUAUGUGACUUCCACAAUUGUAAAUAUGAGUUAGAUAGAAUUAUUUCUCUACAUUAUAUUAUACAAGGCUUCAGGGAAUCCUACUUUCUAAUUGGCAUGCCCUGUUUGCCUAAUUAAAUUGUUACUUCAAUUCUAUCUGUAGAACUAGGGGAAACCCCAUUUUUCUCUUUCUCUUACCAUAUUGCAUAUAUUUUAUUAAAGAGUUGUGUUCAAUUUUAGCAAUAAACUGAAUGUAAUGGCAA